AUGGGGCCAUUUCCACCAUCCUGUGGGAAAAAUUACAUCUUGGUAGCAGUUGAUUAUGUAUCAAAGUGGGUGGAAGUUGUGGCAUUGCCCACCAAUGACGCUAAAGUGGUGGUGACAUUUCUGAAUAACAAUAUCUUUUCGAGAUUCGAGGUGCCAAGAGCACUUAUUAGCGAUGAAGGCACUCACUUUUUAAACAAACUGGUGGAGAAUCUGCUAAAGAACUAUAAUGUUAAACAUAAGAUCGCCACUCCGUAUCACCCUCAAACGAGUGGCCAGGUCGAAGUGUCCAACAAGCAGAUCAGACAAAUAUUGGAAAAGAUUUUGGUUCAUGGUAAAGCUUGUCACUUGCCACUAGAGUUGGAGCACAAAGCAUUUUGGGCAUCCAAAUUCUUGAAUUAUGAUCUAGCUAAAACAGGAAAUUUGAAAUCCAGGUGGUCGGGCUCGUUCGUGCUUCACAAUGUGUUUCCCCAUGGAGCUAUCGAACUGAAAAAUACAAAUAAUGGGGAUACCUUUAAGGUAAAUGGACAAAGGAUGAAACACUACUACAAGGGACAAGAAAGUGGACGAUCUGACUAUGUGGCUAAAGGGGCGAAGGCAUCAGGCAUUCAAAAUCCCUAUUUCAGGUAUGCCCAGAAGGUGCUGGAUUUCACACUUUUUGGCAGGGGUGAUAGCACAGGUGUAGCCACCUAG